ACCGGUUAUAAAAAAAAAAAAAAGUUCAAAUAUCAAAGUUCACGUCUUGUGAUACCUAUCCGUUUAAAACUAAAAACUCACCAAGUAGUCGAGUGUUUAAAAUUUUGUAUUUUAUUUAAAUUCGAUAAAAUAUAAACAUGAGUCUACAGAGCAAAAUUGUGUUAAUAACCGGUGCCAGUUCAGGAAUCGGAGCAGCGACCGCUUUGCAUUUUUCAAAGUUGGGAGCAAAGCUCGCGCUCACCGGUAGGAACGCUGUCAAUUUGCAGAACGUGGCUGACCGUUGUGAAGGUGUGAGUUCGUCCAAGCCUUUUGUGAUAAGCGGGGAUUUGACAAACGAGACCGAUACGAAAAACAUAAUGGACCGCACGUUAGCCCAUUACAAUCGUCUGGACGUUUUAGUCAACAACGCCGGCAUGUUGGAAACGGGUUCCAUCGAGAACACCUCGCUUGAUCAGUACGAUCGCGUAAUGAACACCAACGUUAGGUCGAUUUAUCAAUUGACCAUGCUGGCUGUGCCCCACUUGAUCCGGUCCAAAGGCAACAUUGUCAACGUGUCCAGCGUGAACGGAGUACGCUCUUUCCCAAACGUCCUGGCGUAUUGUAUGUCCAAAGCUGCCGUCGAUCAGUUCACCAGAUGUGUAGCUCUCGAGCUGGCUCCGAAAGGUGUAAGAGUGAAUAGCGUAAAUCCAGGCGUUGUGGUCACGGAAAUUCUGAAGAGGAACGGCAUGAGCGAAGAAGAUUAUGCAAAGUUUCUGGAAAGAACCAAGGAAACGCACGCUUUGGGUAGACCCGGCACUCCAGAAGAAGUCGCCAAAGCAAUUGCGUUUCUAGCAAGCGACGAUUCCAGUUUUUCCACGGGCGACACUCUGUUAGUGGACGGCGGACGACACGCAAUGUGCCCGAGAUAAUUUAAAAAUUAGACUAUGUAUGUAUAAUUAAUUGAAAAUGGUAACAUGUUUGUAAAUGUAACGUUUGCCACCAAGUACUAUAUUAUUGUUAUUACCAAAUUAUAAAUAUUGUUAUUCUUUAGUUUAAAAAAGAAAUUAUUGAAAAUAAUAUACUUAAAUAUUAUUGCGGCAUUAUAUGCAUAUAUCUCGGGGGUUAAGCACAAAGAAAUAAUUAUUUAUAAUAAUAUAUAUUCACAUUAUACUUUUUUUGUCUACUGCAAAUUGUCUUUUACACGAUGCUUAAGAUUUAUU